AUGCAUAAACUAUUAUACUAUCAAGUUGCUGGAGUAUCCAUCACUGGCGCAGGAACAUUUCACAUCGUGACACGGAAAUGCUAUUUCGAGCCUUUUGGACUUGAGGAUGGGCAGUCACUAUUCAAGCAUCCUCUACUCAAGCAAAUUAACCCUUGGAACAAACCAGGAUCUUCUGACUCUUGUGUCAGAGAAGUGCCUUAUGACAAACUGGAUAAAGCACUUAUCGAAGAUGCCAAGAAUGGAGGUACCAAGUUGGUUGAGAGGUUCAUUGCAGGAAUGUGGGGAGGGUUCGGGUAUGGAAUCCAAAGAAAGAUCAUGGCUCUCUUCAAACAUGAUCUCAACAAGCACGAUUUAUGGACCAAGAAGGAACUUCUAGAGUCGACAUAUCAACCAGGCACAUACUUCACAAAUCACUUCCUGGUUCUCUCAAAAACCCCAACAUGCAUCACAAUGAGAGGAUGCUUCGACCCCCACCAGUCGCCUCCUUCUCCAAUGGACAUUGAUAAUAUGGUCGAGGUACGCGCCGAGUUGGAUGAUGCGAAGCAGGUGGCAAUCCUCAAGCUUCGAGUUAUCACUUUCGAUGGACGGAAGGAGGCAAGUGAUAAGGAAGAUCCAUUCGGUGGGGUGGGAGGCUGGCUUCACAGGCGAUAUUCAACUUUGCUGGUCGAGUCUGGGGCUAGAAACUGUAUAAAUUGA